CAGGUGUCAGGGCUGCGGAAGUUCUCUACUAUUGCGCAUGCGCGCAGUACACAAAGGCCUCAGAAGGAUCGUAAAAGGUUAAAAAUGACAAGGAAUUUGUCUAUGGGAAUUCAAGCACAACACACCAGUUUUGCUAGCGCAGUCUAGAUAUUGAAGAAGUGGAACAAGGGAUUCACUCAGUCAGCUGACCAACUGGCAUGCUCGCCAUUUUACACAGAGGAAAGGCCGUUCACCUACUCAGACAGAGGGAGUGGAUACACUCAGUCAUCUGAACUGAAGGUACAUCAGCAAGUUCACACUGGGACAAGACCAUUCAUCUGUUCUGUGCGGGAGAAGGGAUUCAUUCGGUUUUCCCACCUGUGGACACAUCAGUCAGUUCACACUGGGCAGAGGCUGGUCAUCUGCUGAAUUGUGGUGAAGGGUUCACUCGGUCAUCUGACCCAAUGGCUCACCAGCGAGUUCACACUGGGGAGAGGCCAUUCACCUGCUCAGAUUGUGGGAAAGGAUUCAUUCAGUUAUACCACCUACAGACUCACCAGCGAGUUCACACUGGGGAGCGGCCAUUCACCUGCUCAGACUGUGGGAAAGGAUUCACUCAGUUAUCCAACCUACGGACUCACCAGCGAGUUCACACUGGGGAGCGGCCAUUCACCUGCUCAGACUGUGGGAAAGGAUUCACUCAGUUAUCCGCACUACAGAAACACCAGCGAGUUCACACUGGAAAGAGGCCGUUCACCUGCUCAGACUGUGGGAAGGUAUUCACUCAGUUAUACCGCCUACAGAGUCACCAGCAAGUUCACACUGCAAAGAGACUGUUCACCUGCCCAGACUGUGGGAGGGGAUUCACUUGCUCAUCCAACCUACAGACUCACCUGCGAGUUCACACUGGAGAGAGGCCAUUCACCUGCUCAGACUGUGGGAAAGGAUUCAUUCACAUAUCCCACCUACGGACUCACCAGCGAGUUCACACUGGGGAGAGGCCAUUUACCUGCUCAGACUGUGGGAAAGGAUUCACUCGGUUAUCCAACCUACAGAGUCACCAGCGAGUUCACACUGGGGAGAGGCCAUUUACCUGCUCAGAUUGUGGGAAAGGAUUCACUCAGUUAUCCAACCUACAGAGUCACAAGCGAGUUCACACUGGAGAGAAGCCAUUCACCUGCUCAGAAUGUGGGAAGGUAUUCACUCAGUUAUACAGCCUCCAGAGUCACCAGCGAGGUCACGCUGGAGAGAAGCCAUUCACCUGCUCAGACUGUGGGAAGGUAUUCACUUGCUCAUCCAACCUGCAUAGUCGCCAGCGAGUUCACACUGGGGUGAGGCCAUUCACUUGCUCAGAAUGUGGGAAGGGAUUCACUCGAUCAACUGAUCUGCUGGCACACCAACGAGUUCACACUGGGGAGAGGCCAUUCACUUGCUCAGAAUGUGGGAAGGGAUUCAGUUGGUCAUCAUAUCUGCUGGCACACCGACGACUUCACACUGGGUCCAGGCCAUUCACUUGCUCAGAAUGUGGGAAGGGAUUUACUCAGACAUCCAACCUACGGACUCACCAGCGAGUUCACACUGGAGAGAGGCCGUACACCUGCUCAGACUGUGGGAAGGGAUUCGCUCGGUCAGCUGAUCUGAUGAGACACCAAGGAGUUCACACAGGGGAGAGGCCAUUCAGUUGCUCAGAAUGUGGGAAGGGAUUCACUUGCUCAUCCAAACUACAGAGGCACCAGAGAGUUCACACUGGGGAGAGGCCAUUUACCUGCUUAGAUUUUGGGAAGAGAUUCUCUCAGCCAUCUCCAACAAAUGUGCACCAUUGAGUUCACACUGUUGAGAAGCCAUGCACCUGCUGUGAAUGUGGGAAAGGACUCAUUCAGUAACCUAACCUUGUGACACACUACUGGGUUCACACUGGGGAGAAAGUUUUAAUAGGUUUCAUGCUGGAUAUUUGUCCACCAUUGUUGCUGAAUGAAAUUUUACAAGUGAUUGUUGGUGCUGAAUUCUGCAAUUAUUGCUGCUGCUCACGACACCCAGUUCUGCACCCUGGUCACUGGACAUGGGAGGAGUUUCUUCUGCUGCCUAUUCACCUUUAAUGGAACUGGCGUUUAAUAUUCUGUAUCCGAGACAAAUAAAUCAGUUCUAUUUUAAACUCUGUGCAGUGAAUUUUUAAUACACCUGGAGUACAGGAGAGAGUCAACUCAGGCCAGCUGGACCCUGCCGGUGAUUCUGUUCCAUGACAGUCCUUUUAAAUCCUCCCCUGAUGUUCACCUCUUGCUCUCCCUGCGGUGAUAGGCUGCAAACAGUCACCACUCUGUGGGUGAAGAGGUUUCCUUUGAAUUUUCUGCAGACUGAGAAGUCGAGCUGACAGCAGUUCUGUCUGAGAUGUUCUUCGACCCUCUAAUCUCUGGGCUGAGGAAGAAUGACAUUG